UUGGCAACGAAAACAGUUGAGUGUAACUAAAGUCUGUUUGCUUUUUUAUUGUGAUCUAUAUCUAUUCAAAAUUUUCUUUAUCAUUGUCUUUGCUAAUAUCCUACCAAAAGCUUUUUUAAAAAAUCGGAAAUCCAAGAGUUAAAGCAUUGAUAUUGUUUUUUUUAUCAGUUAAGUCGUAUUGGCCUGACUUAUUAUUGAUAAACAAGUAAGUAAUUGCGGAAUAAUUUUACGGCAAACUGAAAUAUACGGAAAAAGCGUAUUCACGUUUUACGUAUUUGACGUAGCAGUGAUAUUGCAGUUAUUAAUUAUCAAUAUUUUAUAUUAAAUUGCUAUUAAAGAGCAAAAGAUGAGUAUUCUUCAUUUAGGACAUGGUUCGGAGCAGCCACCAAAAGCUGAAGGCAAAAUUCGACUGUAUAGUAUGAAAUAUUGUCCAUUCGCUCACAGAGUUCGACUUGCAUUAUCAUUUAAAAAACUCUCUUUUGAUAUUGUAAAUAUUAAUUUGAAGAAUAAACCAGAAUGGUAUUUACAGAUUCAUCCAGAAGGAAAAGUUCCAGCUUUAGUCAAUUUAGAUGGAAAAGUGCUUGUAGAUUCAACUGCCAUUGUUAAUUAUCUAGAAGAAGAAUAUCCUGAGCCACCUUUGUAUAAUAAAGAAACUAUUACAAAAGAUUUAGAAUUACUUGAUCAAUAUGAUAAGAUUGUACGAAUUUUUUCUAAUUGCAUUCACAAGAAAGAUAAUAAACCAUUUCAAGAAGCAAUUAACGAAAUUAGCAACUACCUUGUAGAGUUUGAGGAAGAAUUAAAAAUCAGAAAGACUCCUUUCUUUACAGGAAAGCAGCCUGGCAUGCUUGAUAUUCUUAUGUGGCCUUUUGUUGAAAGAUCCAAAGCCCUUCCAAUACUUUGUAAAGAAUCAUUACAUUUUGAAAAAGAAAAGUUUCCAUUUAUUAUGAAAUGGAUUUUGGAGAUGAAAAAUCAAGAUUUUGUGAAGGAAAAUGCUGAAUCUUAUGAAUUAUUUGCAAAAGUAGUUGAGGCCUCCAAUGCCGGCGUAAUUGAUUAUGAUAAUGUCUAAAUUGAUAUUAUCUAGAUUUGCAAUGCUAAAAUAAUACUCUAGAAUGUGAUAUAAUUUAAUUUUAUAACUUCUUAAGAAAAUAUAACACUUAUGUUU